UUUUUUUUAUAAAUUGUUGUAAUUUGUACUAUUCAUAUUCCAAGAUGUCUGGUGAAGCAAAUGCUUCCAAGGAAAAGUCUACUCCAUUAAAAAGAAAUUCAGAAAGAAAAGUUGAUGAGAAAGUAGCCUUGAAGAAAAAGAGUAGAAGAAGCAAUGCAAAAAGAAAUAAAGUUAAUCCAAAGCAUCUAUCUCCUGGAGGGCAAGCGAAAUGUACUAAUCUAAAACAGAUAAAAAUAGCAUCCAGAAGGAGAAAAUUUUGGCAACCUCUUUCAAAGAGUACCAAACAGCAUUUGAAAGUUAAGCUGGAAUCCCUGUUGUUAACAACUUUAGGCCAGGCUAAAAAAAAUAAACGACAAAUUGAACAAAUCCAAUAUCAUCUCAACUUCUUACAUAAAAGUUUGCUACAGCAAUGUGAAACCCUGAAGGCACCUCGAAGAAAGCUGAGCUGUUUAAGUGAUGUUUCCAAUCUCCUGAAGAUGGAGAAGGCCCAGGAAAUCGCUAAUGAAGCAGGUCUGGUGUCAUUGCAGGAAGAAAUAAAUAGAACUGUGGAAGCCAUAAAGUCAAUGGAGGAGAAUAUUGUAAGCAUGAAAAGCAAAGUUCAAAAGCUAGCACAUGAUGUAGAAAAAGAGGAGGGGAUAAUACAAAAGGUACUUCAGUUAGGAAGCAAAGGGCUACAAUCUCUUCCAAAACUUUGUCAGGAAAGUCUCAGAGCACCCACACUUCAUGAAGAAAUUUUGACAAGGAUUCCAAACCAGAAUGCUCUUUUGAAGGACUUGAAUGUUCUUCACAGUUCAUCCCAGGUGCAGAACAUAACAGCAUUCAUCAAAGAAGCCUAUGAGAAACUAGAUUCCUCUUAAAGUGUCUUUGUUUUCCUAUUGUUUCAUGUUAAUUUGAAUUUAUAGAAUUAUAACCUUUGAUAUUACAAGCCUGUUACUUGUGCAGGAGUUCUUAACCUGUAAUAUGCGCUGCAAAGUUAGCCUUGGUAGGGCUAUCACUAGCAUCUAAGGGUCCUUGAAACUGUGUUUAUAGGAGUUGCUAAAUCUUGCAGUUAUUUGCCCAAAGCUAUGAAGUAAGAAUAGCCCAUGAUUUUAUAAUUUAGAGUGACUGCUGAGUUCAUUAAAUGGUUACCCCAGA